CAUCAGUCCACUUUCUCUCCCCCAGGUGGCCAUGCACAGCUGUUAAAAAUGAUUACAUGCUUCAUAUCGGCUUUUUUCUUGUUGCUCUUUUUAUACUUUGAGGGAUUUGUGUGCUCUAGCAUGAGCUGUCUCUCCUCUGUCUGUCUUCUCCAGUGUGUGGUACUGAUUCUCUCAACAAAGAUUGUGGGGAGUCAGGAUGCAGUUGCAGGGAUCUGGCAGUGGCAGGCCAGUCUGCACAGACAGAGCAGCCAUUUUUAUGGAGGCUCCUUUAUCAACAAAGAGUGGGUCCUGACUGCUGCUUAUUGCUUCUCCAGAUUAGCAUCAACUCCCUUCAUUCUCAGCACCAGCACGUCCGGCCUGCUUGUCUACCUGGGCCGGCAGAAUCAGCAAAGCAUCAACUCCAACGAGGUAUCCCAAACAGUCUCUCAGAUCAUCCGCCACCCGAACUACAACAGUGCAACCAACGACAAUGACAUAUGUUUGCUGAAGCUCUCGUCAUCCGUCCCCUUCACUGACUACAUCCAGCCGGUCUGCCUGGCAGCAGUGGGCAGCACCUACUACACUGGCACUACUAGCUGGGUCACCGGAUGGGGCGAUAUCAAUAGUGGGGUUGAGUUCUGAUGGUCCCGAUGCUGACUUUGCAUUGACAAGCCAUACAUACCCUUUAUGUACCUAUACAUGUAACCACUUUUUUUGCCCAUUCCGUUUGUAC